ACGCCCACUCCGCCAUACCGGCACCACCUGACAGGUUCCUCCCCAGCCCCGGACGUUUUCCCGGCCCGGCCCCUGGAGGAGCGCCGGAGCGGGCGGACGGGUCCUCGUGACACACACACACACACACAGUCGCUGCCAAAUUCGGAUGUCAAAUUUGCGUUUUUCGCACUUACGCCAACGCUAAGUCUCCUCUACUCUCGCCUCGCCUUUGUUAGUGUGCACAUCACUGACAGGAGUGAGCAUAGAAAACUCCCUCCCUCUCCCUCUUCUCAACGCUCUGCCCCAAUCCCCCACACCCCACACACCUCCGGCCCGGCCACCCCCAAUCUCGCCUCCCUCGCCCCCAAUCCCUCCCCGCUCCGGCUGGAUCCUGCGCCUCCGCUGGAUCCCGCCCCGGCGAGAUCCCGCCCCCGCGAGAUCCCGCGGUCGCAGCUCCACGCCUGCCGCCGCCGCCGCCGCCACCCCCCGUGUCGCCCGCUGCGAUGUGCUGCUAAAUAAGGUCUGCUCCCUCCCUCCUCGUCGCCGCCUCGCCUUCCUUCUGACCGGGCCGCGGCCAGCGUCGGAUGCCAUGGGCAGCGGCGCGUCACGGCUGCUUACCGCGUGCGCGUGCUCGCGGCCGGCGCCGGCGUCCGUCGACGCGGAGCCCUGCCUGGACGACGCGCUCGGCCACUCCUUCUGCUACGCGUCCGCUGCCGCAUACUCCUCCUCCUUCCGCCACGGCAUCUCCGGCGCCGCGCUCUCGGCCAACUCCUCCGUGCCCGUGCCGCUCUACCUCUCCUCCGCCGCCGCCGGGGCUGGCUCCAUGCCGCAGAACUACUCCUCUGCGUUCCACACGUCCUCGUCCUUCUCCUCCGCGCCGCUGCAGCUCUCCAACCUCUCCUCGGGGCCCCUGUUCCUCUCCGGGCCCAUCGACCGGGGCGCCCAGCUCUCCGGCCCGCUGGACGCCGCCGUGCCCUUCUCCGGCCCGCUCCCCACCAAGCCCACCAAGCGCACCUCCUCCUCGUCCAGAGGGCUCUCCAGCAGGUUCCGGAAGCCAUUAUUCGGUAGCCUGCGCCGGAGCGUGUCGGAGAAGCACCAGCCGGCGCUCAUGGUGCCACUCCGCCAAGACGACGGCGUGCAAUGGGCGCACGGACGCGCAGGGGAGGACCGCGUCCACGUGGUUGUCUCCGAGGACCAGCGUUGGCUAUUCGUCGGCAUUUACGACGGCUUCAACGGCCCUGAGGCCCCCGACUUCCUUGUUGCCAACCUCUACCGCUUCCUCCUACGCGAGCUUCGUGGAAUAUUCUAUGAAGAGGCAGACAGGGAUAGCAAGCGGCUGUGGCAGUUCCUCGCCGACGGUGACGAUGAUGACAAUGAACUCGACUUUUCAGGUUCCGGCCGGUUUGCAAUGUCGCUUGCCAGGCUCAAGGAGCGGCGGUUCAACAUGUGGGCACAUGCAGCGGCUGUGGGUGAUGAUGAAAUCAGCAGGGAAUGGGGUCCCAAGAAGUUGGAGGCAGCGCCAGCAGUGAGGGAUCAUGGAGCUGUGCUUGGUGCGCUCACUCGGGCACUGGCCUCGGCGGAGGCAGCAUACCUCGACAUGACUGACCAAUCAAUGGGAACCCACCCGGAAUUGGCGGUGACCGGGGCAUGCCUGCUUGUGGCUUUGGUGAGGGAUGAUGACGUGUAUGUAAUGAAUCUUGGGGACAGCCGCGCCGUUGUGGCACAACGAGCAGAUGAUGACCAUGGUUGUGGGCUUGGUGCCAUGCGGAUGGAUGACAUCGGCGUAGGAUUGGAGAUCGAGUCAAGGCCUGUCGGAUAUCCCAUGAUUGGGCUCGAGGCAUUGCAAUUGUCUAUUGAUCAUAGCACCAGCAUCGAAGAGGAAGUCCAGAGGAUCAAACGUGAGCAUCCAGAUGAUGAUCAGUGUAUCGUAAAUGACAGAGUAAAGGGCCGUUUAAAAGUUACCCGAGCAUUUGGUGCCGGGUAUCUCAAACAGGCAAAGUUGAACAAUGGAUUGCUGGAGAUGUUCCGCAAUGAGUACAUUGGUGAUGCACCAUACAUAUCAUGCAUACCUUCUCUUUGCCAUCACAAGCUCACUUCAAGGGACCAGUUUUUGGUUCUUUCUUCCGAUGGCUUGUAUCAGUACCUGAGCAACGAGGAGGUAGUUCUGCAUGUUGAGAAUUUUAUGGAGAGAUUCCCUGAAGGCGAUCCAGCACAGAGUCUAAUUGAGGAACUUCUUUCGCGUGCAGCAAAGAAAGCUGGUAUGGACUUCUACGAGCUACUAGAUAUACCUCAAGGGGACCGGAGGAAAUACCACGACGAUGUCACCGUCAUGGUUGUUUCCCUGGAAGGUAGAAUAUGGAAAUCGUCUGGAACUUAUGUGUGAUGUUCAGCUGGAACAAUGUCAGCAUCAGCAUUUAUGGUGCGGCCCCUGCGGCUGGUCAGCGCCUCCGAGCAAGUUCGUGCAUGCUCAUCAAGACAGAAAUAUCCCCACACUUGACAGCUUGGCAGGCAGGUCAUGUGCUCCAUGCAUUUCUGAAAGCUGUAUUCUCCGAUCGGAGAUUGUCAUGGCUGGCCCAGAUCUCAUUCAGGUUCAGAACAAAACAGAGCCCAUGGGUCAGAUUUAACACCGCGGAGAAGCGGUGGAAAAAGGGGGAGCAAUCCCUGGCAAGUUAGGGUUAGAAUUCGUCUUGUCCCGCCACCUGCAGCGUUAAUUGGUCACGGUACUCACCUGUGACAAUUUUCCCCCACCUCGCUGUGGUGUUGUAGAAGGUUUGCUUCUUUUCUGUCCUUGAUUGAGGGGAGGAAGAAGACCUUUGGGACAGGCAAUUUUUCUCGGCCAUGUAGGGGGUGUCGUGAGCCUGUAGGGUGCUCGAACUGUUCUUCAGAAAGAAAAAUGACGGUUUCGCUCCUCGUUUUGUGCUUUA